GGAGCGCGCACGCAUCCGGCCCGCGGUUCGCGCGCAGGUCGGUGCGUCGGUCGGGGGCGCGCUCGGGUAACCUGUACCCUGUCUAGUCGCCGGUUACUGAUCGGACUUAAGUUCCAGGACUGUUAGUGAACCUUCUCCAGCUCAACCAGGUUAGAAGAGCCAGUUGUAGCGAGGAGCUGUGCAGCUUUAAGUGGUAACUCAUAAAUCAAGUUAAAAUGUCUCCAGAAAUUGCCUUGAACCGAAUUUCUCCAAUGCUCUCCCCAUUCAUAUCGAGUGUGGUCCGAAAUGGGAAGGUGGGACUGGAUGCUACCAACUGUUUGAGGAUAACGGACUUGAAGUCUGGCUGUACAUCCUUGACUCCUGGACCCAACUGUGACCGCUUCAAACUGCACAUCCCGUACGCUGGAGAGACAUUAAAGUGGGACAUAAUUUUCAAUGCUCAGUACCCAGAGCUGCCUCCUGAUUUCAUCUUUGGAGAGGAUGCCGAGUUCCUGCCAGACCCCUCUGCUCUGCACAACCUUGCCUCCUGGAACCCUUCGAACCCCGAGUGCCUGCUGCUUGUGGUGAAGGAGCUGGUGCAGCAGUACCACCAGUUUCAGUGCGGCCGCCUCCGUGAGAGCUCACGCCUCAUGUUUGAGUACCAGACGCUCCUGGAAGAGCCUCAGUAUGGAGAGAACAUGGAAAUUUAUGCUGGGAAGAAAAACAACUGGACUGGUGAAUUUUCAGCUCGUUUUCUGUUGAAGUUACCAGUAGAUUUCAGCAACAUUCCCACGUACCUUCUCAAGGAUGUAAACGAAGAUCCCGGAGAAGAUGUGGCUCUCCUUUCUGUCAGCUUUGAGGAUACUGAAGCCACCCAGGUGUACCCCAAGUUGUACUUGUCACCCCGAAUUGAGCAUGCCCUCGGGGGCUCCUCGGCUCUCCAUAUCCCUGCUUUUCCAGGAGGAGGAUGUCUCAUUGAUUAUGUGCCUCAAGUGUGCCACCUGCUCACCAACAAGGUGCAGUAUGUGAUUCAAGGCUAUCACAAAAGAAGAGAGUACAUCGCUGCCUUUCUCAGUCACUUUGGCACAGGUGUCGUGGAAUAUGAUGCAGAAGGCUUCACAAAACUUACGCUGCUGCUGAUGUGGAAAGAGUUUUGUUUUCUUGUACACAUUGACCUGCCUCUGUUUUUCCCUCGAGAUCAGCCAACCCUCACGUUUCAGUCCGUCUACCACUUUACCAACAGUGGACAGCUUUACUCCCAAGCACAGAAAAAUUACCCAUACAGCCCCAGAUGGGAUGGAAAUGAAAUGGCCAAGAGAGCAAAGGCUUAUUUCAAAACCUUUGUCCCUCAGUUCCAGGAGGCUGCGUUUGCCAAUGGAAAGCUCUAGGAAACACCAGUGUUGAGAGACAGCCAACCAGACUGCUCAGUCCACAUGCGUGUCAGCGCUCAGGCUGCUUCCUGGAAGCCGCUUGGAAUGUCUUCAUGGCGGCCUUUUGCUCACGCAGCAGCUCUGCCUGCCCCACACAGCCCUGCUCUGCUGCAGCCCAAACCUGAGCUGGCUGGUAGCACCCUGAGUCCUAGCACCUCACCGCUGGCUGCUCCUCCUCCUUCCUUAGGUUUCUUAGCUGAAAGAAAUAAACUGCUUUACGAUGGAGAACUUUUCCAGGGAAAUAAAAUGUCGUGAAUGCGCA